CUGCUGCACUAAUGACAGCAGGUUUAUGCACAGGAGGGAUAAUAGUCCCUGCUCUGCCUUAUGCAGGCUGAGCUGUUUCACUGCUUGGUUUGGGUAUCAAUGAGGGGUUCAGAGGUUGCUGAUAUUAGGAAGAUGGAGAGUCUUGAAAAUAAAAUUUGGACCCGCAUUGAAGUACUAGGGGAAGGAAAGAAGCUAGUAGCCUUAAAAAUGUUCACAUUCAGCGCUGUAUAACAUUAUUAGAUGCCACUCAUGCUGCUUUUUCAAUCAGUAUGAAGUUACAAACAUUACAAAUUUAAAUAAUAACGCUUGUCAGUAGUUUUAAAGUGUAAGAAUGUUGAUGGAACAGAAUGUUUUACUCAUUGUUAUCCUCAUUGUUUUCCUCAUUGUGAUGUCAGCUCAUUGCAUUCCAUGAAAAGGUCUACUUACAGUGAAAUCUCACAUACACUCACUAUUGCUCGCGCUUUGGAUACACACUGACUCUGCUUUUUCGCAAACUUUGGAUGAAAAUUCACGAACAUAAUGAAGCCCACAAGGUCUGAGAAGACUCUCAAACAGCUGGACAAACAGCAAGGAAAUGGGAACAAAUCCCUUGAUAAAGGCUCCAAUGUGGAGUAUGACUACAGGUUGAGGAGCAGGAAGAGACAACCUAAAGGGGAUAGAGGAGAAAUGAAUGCCCAGAAACCUGGACAUGUGUCCCUGGAGGUGAAGGUGAGCCAGAAGAGAGCCACCCUGGUUAAAGUAACUCCAAAGAAGAGGCUCAAGAUGAGCAAAACCACUGAUGCUGCAAAAUCCAGCAAUGUGUCUGUGGACCAGGACAACACCAGUGGGCAAAAAAGAAAGGCUGAUCCAAACCCAGAGACUCCCAAUAAGAGACACAGGGGAAACAUCAAAUGUAAAGUUACAAUAGGUGAAGCCAGCAAAGUCUCAGAGGAGGAAUCAAACUCUUGGAACAGAAAGAGAAAGGCCACCACCAGGGAAGAGAAACCCAGUAAGAAGAGGAGAGACUCCAAGCUUCAAGAGGCUCCAUCCUCGUCCUCUGAUGAGGAACCUGAAAACGCUUGCUUUAAAGCCCACACAAACAGAGAUAAUUAUGAGGAAAAGUAUCUCAAGCUCCACGAGAUCGGAAGAGGAGGUUUUGGAUUUGUGUAUGCCAGCAUCCGUAAAGCAGAUUUCUUACCAGUGGCCAUCAAAUGCAUCCUCAUGAUAGACCAGGACCAUGCACCACAACUGAGUAAGAUCCCUAGAGAGGUUGCUCUCAUGGAAAGAGCCGGGGGUGGACCAGAAUCUGUUGGGAAGCACGCUGCAGUCUCGUUGCUCGACUGGUACUACCUUGAUGAUGAGCUCAUAAUCGUCAUGGAGAGACCAGCUUCCAGCAUGAAUAUGUCAAUGUAUUCAUUAACCCAUGGAGCUUUUGAUGAACAAAAGACAAAAAUCUUCAUGGCUCAGCUGGUGGAAGCAGCAGUACACAUUCAGAACAGAGGUGUGCUUCACAAUGACAUCAAAAUGGCAAACAUCCUGGUAGAAUGUGGCUCCAGCAUACCACGUCUCCGAAUCAUUGACUUUGGUUCUGGCAGCUUCAUACAGAAGAAGUGGAUCCGUUCCUACAAUGGGACCAGAGCUUUAGCCCCUCCUGAGUGGAUCACUCACAAAAAAUACAGAGCUGAGCCCACCACAGUGUGGCAGCUGGGGGCGCUGAUGUACCGCAUGCUGCAUGAUCGUUUAUUCGACACCUUGAGCUACAUCACGGGCCAGCUCCAUAUUAGCGACAAACUCUCUACGGGCUGCAUUGAUUUCCUGAAUCUAUGCUUCGCAAGUUAUGGAAAGAGAGGCACCCUGGAGCAGCUACGCCUCCACCCUUGGCUCCAAUAGCCUUUUCUUUCUUUCUUUCUUUCUUUCUUUCUUUCUUUCUUUCUUUCUUUCUUUCUUUCUUUCUUUCUUUGUGGCACUAAGUGUCAAAAAUACUAAAUAAA